AUGAGCUGUCGUUGCCGCGCCUCGCCACGGCCAACACGCACGGCACUGGGCGCAGCAUGGCAGCGAGUGUGGCUGCUGGGUGGUGCAGGGGCGAGGGGUGAAGCAGGCAGUGGUGGUGAGUGCAGGGAGCAAGUGGUGCAGCGUAUCUCUCAACCACUACCCAGCCACCCACACACCCACACCCCCCCCACCCCCACCCCCACCCACCCCCCCCCCCCCCCGCCGCCCUCUUCCCAUCACUUCCGCUCUUUCCCCUGCUCUCCACCAUCGUCCCCUCCGCUCCCCCCUUUUUUCCCCUCUCCCCCAUUUUCGCCCCUCCCUCCCCCUUUUCCCUCGUUUCUCCCCCUCGCCCCCCCUUCCCUGCCCCGCCCCACGUUUACCCCCUCUUUCCCCCUUCUCCCUCUCUUUCCCCCUUUCUCCCCCGUUCCCCUUUCCCCCAAUAUGUCCCCUCCUUCCCCUCUCUUUCCCCCCCCACUUCCCCCCUCUAUCCUCUUCCCCCCUCCCCCCCUUUCUCCCCCUCCCUCCACCCGGGACGUCAAGGCGUGCCUUUUGCACAUCCUCGCUAAGAGCCUCCCCAUUACCAUGGGCAGUAGCUUGCAGGGCCCUCUCAACCACCUGCGCCUCAUCUGCCGCCUGGGCCAGCCCAACGCAAGGGAGAAGGACAUUGAAACCGAUGACUUUGUUCAGCAAGCAGCAGAGGCAGUGGCAGUGGUGAGGGCGCACGGCAUCCCGUUGGUGAUAAACAACCGGGUGGACGUGGCCCUGGUAGUGGAUGCAGACGGCAUUCACGUGGGGCAAUCUGACAUGGAUGCUGCUACUGUCAGACAACUCCUUGGCCCAACGAGAAUCAUCGGUGUCUCGUCCUACCCCGCAGCACCUCAUUCGUCUACACCAGUCCAGUCCCCCCGCAGUCCCUCGCUCCUACAGUCCAGCCCCUGCGCAAUCUCUCGCUUCUUCAAUCGUGCCCCCCCGCAAUCCCUCGCUCCUCUCCUCUACCAGUCCAGCCCCACAUCAACCCCUCGCCCAGUCCGUCGCUCCUCUCCAGCUCCAGUCCUUCCCUAG